GAGUCCUUCCGGCCUUCCUUGCCGGUGCGCCCGCAGCCCGACGUCGCCCACGGAACCCUCUUCCGCCCCGACGCCCCCGCGUACCGUGAGGAGUGCGAGUGCGUCCAUCCCUCCUUCUGCGCCGCCCACGACGUCGUCCCUCGGAUCAACGACCCGCGGGACAUCAGCAACCUUCUCGACGCCCGCUCGCUCCACGCGGACAUCCUCUCCAACGCCACCGACGCCGAGGAGGACGUGACGACGACCGCAAACCCCGGAGAAGAGGAGGCCGAGGAAUCGCGCGCGAGAAGAGACACGCUUGACCAUCUGGCGCCGCUUGAUAACUCUACUGACCAUCCUCAAGGGCGCGCCCUCGGGUUCGCCCCGGGCCUCGCAGGCUGCGACAAUGGCAACGUGUGCUGCCGCAACCCGCGGUUCAAUCGCCCGGCGCCUCAGCGCUCGUCCUGCGGCCUGCGGAAUGCCGCGGGUAUCACAGGCCGAGUCAAGAACCCCGAGUACGUCAGGGGAGACACGGAGUUCGGCGAAUACCCGUGGCACGUCGCCAUCAUGAAGAUCAGCGACGAUUACGUAUGUGGAGGAGCCCUCAUCGACGACGUCCAUGUGCUGACUGCCGCGCACUGCAUCAGCGGUCUGCUUCCCCAAGAGAUGAAGAUCCGCCUCGGGGACUGGGACGUGUUCGGCCCCACGGAGUUCUACAGCCACAUCGAAGUCGGCGCCGAGUCCGUGGUCAUUCACCCCGACUACUACGCCGGGAAUCUCGAGAACGACUUGGCGGUCGUCCGGAUGCGUCAAUACGUUGAUUUCGCAGCAAACCCCCACAUCUCGCCCGUGUGUCUGCCACACACCCACACCAACUUCGAGGGCCAUCGCUGUUACUCCACCGGCUGGGGCAAGAACGCCUUUGGAAAAGACGGAAAGUACCAGAGCAUCUUGAAGGAGGUGGACCUGCCAGUGGUGAACCGCUACCAGUGCCAGGAGGCCCUGAGGCACACGCGCCUUGGCCCUAAUUUCUUCCUGCGAGAUGGCAUGAUGUGUGCCGGAGGCGAGCAAGGAAAGGACACGUGCAAGGGUGACGGCGGAGGCCCUCUGGUGUGCGAGGGAAGGGACGGCGCCUUCCAGCUGGCCGGCCUCGUGUCUUGGGGUAUCGGCUGCGGCCACCCGGGCGUCCCUGGGGUGUACGUCGACGUCCCUUUCUACCUCGACUGGAUUCAUCGCAUCACGAACGCGCCCUAGAACCUCUGCGCAUGCGUGGAUGCACAGAGGAAAGCGCUCUGAUAACCCACUUAAUGUUAUUAUCAUUAUUUUAUCAUUAUUAAUAGUAUCAUAAUAAUCAUUAUUACUAGUAUCAUUAUAAUCAUUAUUACUAGUAUCAUUAUUACUAUCAUUAGUUUAGUUUGUAUUGGAUAUCGCUUCACCGUGAUGAAGAAAAAUGUAAGCAUACAUUAUGCACAGUUUUUUCGUCGUUUUAUUGUGUCAGGAAUAUAAUAAAGCUGUGAUGUCCUA